CUGUUCUUAAUCCCAAAAGGACGGUGGAUUCGCCUUUCUAGUGUUCUGCUCCCUCGUCCUCUUACUAAUAGUAACUGUUUCCAAUAGUCGCCGCGGAGCGGAGAUCGUGCUCAAAGGUGCGAUCUUUCCACCUGCGUCGUCAAAAGGGGAAUCCCAUAAAUCCCCACAUUUGCUCUUCUCCCCGUGGAUUCUCGCACCAAUCCCACGGCCUACCGACGGCGGAGGAGACCGAGCGUACUGCAAAGUUGCGAGAAAAGUGACCUGCAGCCAGUAAGCUUUUCUUGCUCAAAUCCUGCGAUUGCUGCCGGAAUUUGGAAGAUUCCAGUUGCCGGAAGAUGGGUCGGGCGACGCGGUGGCUGCGGAGACUCUGGAGUGGGAAGAAGGAGAACAAGGAGGCCAAGGACUGCUCCGGCUACGGUGGCGGUGAGGACAGGAGGGAGAAGAAAAGGUGGAGCUUCACGAAACCGGCCAGGGACACAGGCGACGUGCUGUUGGGUCAAAACGCCACGACGGCCGCCGCGGUGGAGGCGGCGUUGUUUAGGUCCUUCUACUCGGAGAGUGAGAAGGAGCAGAGCAAGCACGCCAUUGCGGUGGCCGCGGCCACUGCUGCGGCUGCGGAUGCGGCGGUGGCGGCCGCACAAGCUGCCGUCGCGGUUGUCCGGCUUACGAGCCAUGGGAGGGGCGCCAUCUCCGGCGGCAGCCUCGAGCGUCGAGCUGCGGUGAAGAUCCAGACGGCAUUCAGGGGAUACUUGGCAAAGAAAGCUCUCAGAGCUCUGAAAGCGUUGGUUAAGCUACAAGCCCUCGUCAGAGGCUAUCUCGUGCGCAAGCAAGCGACCGCCACUCUUCAUAGCAUGCAGGCUCUCAUCAGAGCUCAGGCCACUGUCCGAGCGCAGAGAGCUCGAAAUCUUGUUCGGAAUGAGAAAAGGUUUCAGCCGGAAAUCCGCCACCGGCGAUCUUUGGAAAGGUUCGACGAGUCCUGCCGAAGCGAGAACUUGUCGUCGUUCCAUAGUAGAAGGCUUUCCGCGAGCCUUGACAGUGCUUCCAAUGGCUUUGAUAGGAGCCCGAAGAUUGUGGAGAUAGACACCUGCCGCCCGAAGUCGUCGAGAUCUUCCCGACGAGCCAAUCCGUCUGUUCUCGACCCCGCCGAUGACUUCCACUCGAGUUCCAUCUCUUCCCCGCUCCCGUGCCAGAUUCCAGCCAGGAUCUCCAUCCCCGACUGCCGGAACUUCCAAGACUACGACUGGUGCCUCGCAGGCGACAAGUGCCGGCUAUCCGCGACAGCGCAGAGCACUCCCCGCUACAUGAACUCAAUUAGCAAUCUGCCCGUCACUCCGGCCAAGAGCAUGUGCGGCGCAGACUUCGCUCUCCGCCGCUUCACGAACGUUCCAAACUGCCCCAACUACAUGUCAAGCACGCGGUCCUUCGAGGCGAAGUCGAGGUCCCAGAGCGCCCCGAAGCAGCGGCCGGAGCCGGCGGGGACGAGAAAGAGGCUGCCUUUGAGUGAGGUAAUGCUCGAAUCCCGGGCUAGUCUGAGCGGAGUCGGAAUGCAGAGGUCCUGCUCUCGCGUGCAAGAGGCCUUCAACUUCAAGAGCGCCGUCGUUGGGAGGCUCGAUAGGUGCUCGGAGCCGCGGAAGGAGGCAGAGAGGGAGUUCUACUGGCACAGGAACUCGUAAUGCCAAAGGCUACCAAGAAGAUUACAAGAAUAAGAGGAGGUCUCUUAACUUCCUCUAUUGAUCGUUUCGUUUCAUAUGUUUUCCUGUUGCGAUCACAACAGUGGUCGAUGUAAAUUCUGUGUCUCUGAUCGAGAAAUCCUUAUUCUUCUUCCA